AUGGGACCCGGAGGAGGACCCGCAAGAUCACAUGUGGCCAUGGGCUCAUCACCGGCACUAUCGCCAAGUAUCAACAGUAAUAAUAAUAGUAAUAUGAACAUUAAACAGCAGCAGCAACAGCUGCUGCAACAACAACACCCGCCAAUCUCUCUGCAAAGCAUUGAAAGCAUCGACAUGUAUAUCGAAGAGCUAAGUCGACUUCAAACCCUUAUUUGCGAGCUCCAGUUUGAUGCCCCCAAUGUUUACAAGCAUCUUGCGCACAAUGUUGCUGAAAAUGAAAGUCCUCAAGCGGUCUUUACACGAGUUGCACUUGAGGCAAAACGGGUGAGUGCCAGCUUGGAUACAUUACUGGCAUGCUAUAACCAAAACCUUCCAUUACUAGAAUACAUUCGCAAAAUGUCACGAGCACUUUCGGAAGCCUCUGCAGCAGCUUCUGCUGCUAAUACCAGUGCAAACGUAAACGUAAAUGCAAAUCCAAACGCAAACGCAAAUCCAAAUCCAAAUCUAAAUCUAAAUCCAAAUGCAGGGGCUGGAGGGCCUGGGGUACAUAGGGUGUCACCACCGCACCAUAUAGAGGGAGGGGAUAAUGGUACCGGUGAAGGGACUGAGUUUGAACAGGAUCAACGGAUUCAUCAGCUAAAUUCUCAGGCUCAUCAACAAGGACCACAAUUCCAACAGCAACUACAACAACAACAGCAGCAACAACAGCAGCAACAACAGCAGCAACAACAGCAGCAGCAACAACAAAUACAUCAGCAAAUUCCUUUGCAGCAGAACAUAGGUAAUGCUACUGGGUUUUCACCGGCUGGCGGGAACAGUCCUGUGCAAACCCUACGGAGUCCAGCGCUUGCACAGCAAGUUAUGCACAAGUACGCGCGUGCCCAAAACCAACAGGCUCAAGUGCAAGCUCAUCAGGCUAAGGCCCAAGCUCAAGCACAAGCACAAGCUCAAGCUCAAGCACAAGCACAAGCACAAGCACAAGCCCAAGCACAAGCUCAAGCCCAAGCACAAGCACAAGCACAAGCUCAAGCUCAAGCCCAAGCCCAAGCACAAGCACAAGCUCAAGCUCAAGCCCAAGCUCAAGCUCAAGCACAAGCUCAAGCUCAAGCACAAGCUCAAGCACAAGCUCAAGCUCAAGCUCAAGCUCAAGCACAAGCUCAAGCUCAAGCACAAGCUCAAGCUCAAGCCCAAGCACAAGCCCAAGCUCAAGCACAAGCACAAGCACAAGCACAAGCCCAAGCACAAGCACAAGCACAAGCACAAGCCCAAGCACAAGCACAAGCCCAAGCACAAGCCCAAGCCCAAGCCCAAGCACAAGCCCAAGCCCAAGCCCAAGCCCAAGCCCAAGCCCAAGCCCAAGCCCAAGCCCAAGCCCAAGCCCAAGCCCAAGCCCAAGCCCAAGCCCAAGCCCAAGCCCAAGCCCAAGCCCAAGCCCAAGCCCUAGCCCAAGCUCAAGCCCAAGCUCAAGCUCAAGCCCAAGCUCAAGCCCAAGCUCAAGCCCAAGCCCAAGCUCAAGCUCAAGCUCAAGCUCAAGCCCUAGCUCAAGCCCAAGCCCAAGCUCAAGCCCAAGCCCAAGCUCAAGCUCAAGCUCAAGCUCAAGCCCUAGCCCAAGCUCAAGCUCAAGCUCAAGCCCAAGCCCAAGCCCAAGCCCAAGCCCAAGCCCUAGCCCAAGCACAAGCUCAAGCUCGAGCACAGGCACUAGCACAAGCACAAGCACAAGUACAGGCUCAGAUGAUUCUUAAAAACCAAAAGGCUGGCAUGAAUGGGUUAAGUCCCCAAAUGAUGCACAAUACCAAUAGUAUUGGUAUGGGGAUUGGCAAUAAUGGACACAACAAUGGUAAUAAUAAUAAUAGUGGUAUGGGUAUUGGUGGAAUCAACCAUAAUAAUAACCCAGGUAUUGGUAGUCGGCCGGCGUCGGCUGCCCCUGGUGUACCGUCUCCAGGGUUGCCAAUAAAGACUGUCCAACAGCAGCAAUUCCAACCGGCACUUUUUGCAAGUCAGCAUCAGCAGCAUCUACAACAACAACCACAGCAGCCGCCUGGUGAUAAUUCUAUGGGUUCAUCUUCUGCACAGCCCAUAAUUCUUGAUGAAAACCUAGACAGUUACCUUAAUUUUUAG